GACUCUUUCUCUCCUGACACUGCAGGCUCACAUAGUAAUAACCAAGAACACCGAGAGAGAAACCAGCCGAUAGCCAUGAGGUGGUGGGGGCUGAAAUCUAAGCAGCAGCAGCUGCUGCCGCAAGACCAGGCGCAUGAAGAGAGCAAGAGCGGCAAGGGCAAGGCGGCCUUCUCGCCGCUCACCUGGUUCUCCAAGCUCACGGCUAAGCACAAUGCCCUUGCUUCCUCUAAGCCCAAGAAGCAUGCCGCGCCUGAGGUCAAGAGCUCCGGCGGCGGCGGCGGCGGCGGCGGCUUCCAUGAGGGCACGACCCCGAGCCCGGCAUCGCGGAGCAGCCCGGCAGAUACCUUGUCACCCGCGGCCACCGAUAUCGUGCCGCGUCGUCUCUCGGUCGGCAACGAUGGCGCCGAGGUUGAGGCCACGGCCGCGCGCCAGCUCUCCCGCCGACGCCACUACUCUGUCGGCGGCGAUCGCGAUUUCCCGCCGCUCAGCCACCUCAGCGCGUUCUCCCGGGCUGCCUCCCCGCCGCAGUGUGUGCUGGCGACGGCGCCGACCCCGGUGCUGACGCUGCCGUCCGACACGGACGAAGAGAAGCGGCCUCGGAGCCACCAGCGCCGUCGCCGAGGAGGCGGGCGGCGGUCCUUCUCCGGAAGGACUAUGCCGGGCGCGAGGCUGGCAGCGGUGCGCGUCCGUUCGCCGCGGUGCAACGUGGCGGCCGUGUCGGGGCUUGAGAGGUUCGCGGUGGUGCGGCGGACGAGCGACCCGCAGCGGGAGUUCCGCAACUCGAUGGUGGAGAUGAUCACGAGCAAGCGCAUCGGGCGGCCGGAGGAGCUGGAGACGCUCCUGGCGUGCUACCUGGCGCUCAACGCCGAGGAGCACCACGACUGCAUCGUCAAGGUGUUCCGCCAGGUCUGGUUUGAGCUCAACCCCGCCCGCAUUGCCACCGUCACCAGCCGGCCACGCAGCUGAGCUUCCUUGUCGCGCAGCCGACCGGUUCGUCCAUGUAACAAGUGCCGGUGGUUCAUAAUUGACGAAGUACGGUGAUCUUUUUGACAGUUGCUUGUUUUCUUCUCUAAACGCGCUGUCCGUACUCGCAUUAUUCAAAAAAAUGUUUUCUUUCAA